CCUUUCCUCGCACAGCCACCAACAAACACUUCUUUGAGGGCUAGUUCUUCGCAAACCCAGCGAUCAACGUCCCCCUGUCGUCCUGAGCGACUCCGGCAACUGACCCCUCCGAGAAAUCGACUAGCCAGGACCAGGAGCCAUCGAUAUUCAUCUUCACGAAGCCCUUUCCCGGCAGCAGUGACCAUGAACACGACCUUCAAUCAGCCAAGGGCGAAGGCCUACCUUGUUCACCCACGACGGAGAGAGGGAGAGAGCUACUACAGCUAAAGUUUAAAAUGGGGAUCUCAGAGGCAGGAACAUCAUCAGGAAGCGUGUAUCAAGUGUUUUUGAGCUUCAGGGGACCUGACACUCGUCAUGGAUUUACCGACUUCCUCUACCAUAGCUUGAUUGAUGCUGGUAUCUACGUCUUUCGAGAUGAUGAAGAGCUCCGUGUUGGUGAAAAAAUUGAUGGAGCACUCCAGAGAGCGAUUGACGACUCAAGGAUCUAUAUCCCCAUCUUCUCUCGAACCUACACUUCGAGCCACUGGUGUCUUCGUGAGCUCAGGCAAAUUGUGGAUAACACCUCUAAGUCGAAUGGGAAUAAAGAGAUCCUACAUAUUUUCUUUGACGUGGAACCUGAUGAUGUCAAGCUGAAAACCCCAUUGUAUGAGGCUGCUAUUCUCAAUUUGGAGUGUGAGAAGAAGUUGAGCAUUGAACAAGUAGAUUCUUGGAGAGAGGCUUUGAAGGAGGUUGGUGCAAUAAAGGGGUGGGAAGCCAAGAAAUACAAUGGCCAAGGGGAACUCAUUAAGUUGGUCGUUGAAGAGGUUGUGAAGAAGUUGAAGACAAAGCAAAAGUCUGUGACUGAACAUUUAAUUGGAAUCAAUGAUCAAGUGGUAGCAGUAAAAAAAUUGUUAGACGUAAGCUCUGGAGGUGGACGGCUCAUUCAAAUUCAUGGCAUGGGGGGUAUCGGUAAGACAACUCUCGCCAAGGUCUUGUUCAAUCAACUUUCUACCCACUUUGGAAAGUGUUGUUGCUUUCUUGAAGAUGUUCGAGAAAAAUCAUCAAGAACUGAUGGCUUGGUUGAAUUGCAAAAGAAGUUAUUAUCUGAAAUAGGAAAUGCCACAGGAACAGGAAGCAUUGAUGCAACUGACUAUGGAAUGAAGAGGAUCGAAGAAACACUUCGCCUUAAGAAGGUCUUCAUUGUACUGGAUGAUGUUGAUAAAAGUGAACAAGUGGAGAACUUAGUUGGAAAAGGUACUUUGUGUUCAGGGUCUAGAGUACUGAUUACUACUAGAAACGAGGAUGUGUUGCAAAUCGCUAAACCAGAGUACGAUAUAUUACCUUAUGAAAUGAAGGUGAUGAGUAGUGAUCAUGCGCUUCAGCUCUUCAGCAGACAUGCAUUUAACAAGGACUCUCCUCCAUAUGAUCGUGAUGAUAUUUCAAAGGAAAUUGUAUCUGCUACCGGAAGCCUUCCUUUGACUAUUGCAGUAAUUGGUUCACUUCUAAACCAUGAAACACAAGACCUAUGGAAAGAAACAUUGGAUGAUUUACGCAAAGCACCUCCAGAGGGUGUUUUCGAAAAGUUGAGGAUUAGCUAUAAUGCAUUGACUCUUAGGCAGCAACAAAUUUUUUUGGAUAUUGCAUGCUUUUUCAUUGGUGAGACAAUGACAAACCCAAUUUAUAUGUGGAUAGAUUGUGGUUUUUCCCCAUUCCGUGGAAUUGAGGUCCUCAAAAACAAGUCCUUGAUAAAGAUUGGAAAUGACAAUGAGUUUUUGAUGCACGAUCAACUUAGAGAUCUUGGAAGGGAAAUUGUUCGUCAAGAAAAUCAAACAAUUCCUGGAGGGCGUAGUAGGUUAUGGAUUCGAGAUGAAGUCCUCAUUACAAUGAAGAUAGAGGAGAUGAAGAAAGUUCAAGCGAUGGAAGUAACUCACACAAGUAUCAAAAGUGAAGAGAUUGGAAGGUUUAAAGAACUAAGGUUCCUUAGAUUAGAUGAUGGAACCUUUGAUGGCGAUCUAAUGGAUUGUUUUCCUGAACUAAAAUGGAUUUAUUUGAGUGAUUCUUCGUUUUCAGAGUGUAAGCUGACCAAUAUGUGCUUAAAGAAUGUGGUUGUCCUUGAAUUUUCAAGCGUUCCCAGUAUAGACGAUCAGAAAUUAUUUCAGUUUAUAAAGGGGGCAAUAAAAUUGAAAGUUCUUAGUCUUGCUAAUUGUCAUGGCAUAACCAGAACACCAGACCUAUAUGAAUGCUCAAAAUUAGAGAGGCUGACUUUUUUGGCUUGCGACGGCUUAACGAAGAUUGAUGGCUCUAUUGGGAAGUUAAAGUAUCUGAAAGAUUUAAAGUUUGAUCUUUGCAAUCGCCUUGAAGGUUUGCCUGAAAAAAUGGGGGACCUACGGAAUCUAGAGCACUUCUCUUUACAAUAUUGUCGUGUAAUGAAGGAAUUACCGGAUUUCAUAUUUAAGUGGAAAUCAUUACGGGAGUUGCAGCUUUCAAUUGCACGUCCAAUGGAGUUACUGGGUGCCAUCGGAAAGUUUGAGAAUUUGAAAGCGCUUCAGGUUGAAGGAAAUUUGAAAAGUCAACUCCCUUAUGAAAUUGGCUUGCUUCUGCGGCUUCAAAUACUGGAGUUAAAAGGGUUUGAUGAAAUCCGAGAGUUGCCGGACCUCUCAAACUUGACUAAUUUGGUUAGGUUGAAACUAAGUGACGGCUCCAAAAUUGACGGACAAGAUAGAACUUAUACUGGUGAUUUAGAGUGGAUCAGGGGGUUAUCCAAACUAAAAAAAUUAAGCUUGUGUCUCCUCCAUGUCCCUGCUCCCACUGAGUUGGCUUCUCUUACUCGGCUUGACAAACUCCGUUUGUGUGGAUUGAACUUACAACCCCUCAAGCAACUUCCCUCUUCUCUAUUAGAGCUAACCCUUGAUAAUUUCAAUUCAAUCACGUUUCUCUCCUCCCACUUAGAGAAUUUGUCAAAAUUAAGGCUCAUUUGCUCUCAAAUGCAAGAGAUAAUACUCGAUGGGCUUCAGCUUCCAAAUUUAAUGAAGCUUCGUAUUCUUGACUGUGGACCCCUCGAGAGAUUCAUGCUAUCCAGCAUGACGAAGCUAGAAAAGGUCACUGUGGACGACUGCCCAAAAUUAGAUGAGAUCCACAUCGCUGGGGUGCUGGAAUCGUUGCACACAUUGGAUAUAUGUAAUUGGAAGUCCUUCAGAAGGUUCGUGUAUGUUGACAGACAUUGGGAAUCUUCCCAUGAAUCUUCACUAGUCCUUGCAUCGAGAGUCUUCAAUAAGUUGUGGAGACUCUGCAUACAGUUUUGCGAUAAGAUACUCGGUAUUCAAGUUGUUGGUAUGUCAGAAUCGUUGCAAGACUUGACAGUUUCUGGUUAUCAUUUGCAAAGUCUUGGUGGUUUGUCAGAAUUAAAGAACCUCGAGUGCUUGUGCAUAGAGUCCAACCCUGAGCUACGAAUUGUCGAGGGCCUCAACAAGUUGGAGUUUUUGAAGCUCUUAUACCUUCGUGACUGCCCAUUGUUGGAAAGUCCGAUUGAUGUAUCAACCACUGAAUUGCCAAAUGAUUGCUACUUAAGGAUUGCCAGUUGCCCGAAAUUACUUGGGUUUAAGCAAGGAUUCGAAGGCUCCGUCCAAGAUUUCAAGCAAUAUAAGGAGGAAGAGAUUGUACCAGCUGCAUUAGCAGACCCAUUGGUUGGGCACCAAUUGAUGGUUUCAAAUGCAGAGAGCAGUGCACAACUGCAAAUGCGCAUACCGGGAGAGAUGAAUGAACUCCCGUCUCCAUUUGAGCAGCAGCAGUUGCGGCGGCAGCUGGAGCGGUGGCGGCAGCAACGGCAGUGGCAGCGGCAGCGGUGGCCGCAGCAGCUGCAGCAGCGGCAGCGGUGGCCGCAACAGCUACAGCAGCGGCAGCUGCAGCUGCGGCUGCGGCGGCGACGGCGGGGCAGUGGUGGCAUCUGCCGCUGUGGUAGCUGUGGCAGCGGUGACAACGAUAGCUGCGACAGGCAACGACUGGUCUUGCAGAACUCGACGGCGGGCAGCAGUUGGUCUUGUAGAACUCGUUGGGGAGCUUGAGCUUUAGCAGCAACUUGUCGCUCUCGAGGGAGGAAUAGGAGAUGUCGAGGUUUGCUCUGUCCACUUUUAGGGUCAAGGAGGAGAUGGAUAGGAAGAAGGUGGUCUAUGACUGCAUCCUCUCCCACCAGGUUCGGAUCAAGGAAGAGACCAAACGCUUGGCCACCAUUCGCAACGUAUGCAACAUGAAAUCCAUGUUGGAGGUUUGUUUGUCAAAACAAAUUGAGUGUUUUUUCCUUGACCCACAUAGGAAAAGUGAGAGGGAGUGGGUCAAUUUAAAAGUGUGAGAUUUCCUUUUUGAACUUAAAGGAAUGAUUGGGUGGGGCUAGACCCCACCAUACCCGCGUGUGGGUGCGCUAUUAUUUGGCGCACUUAGCGGUUUUAUUAGCACUAAUCCCUUUGUUAUUUAUUUUA